UAUAGCCGCCAGAUUCCUCCAACUUACUCUAUUAAACGUAAGGAAUUGCUUGUCUGACAAUAUGAACGUUUUUUCUUCUAUUUUUUUACAGUGAUAGUACAAUAAUUUGAGCAGCAUUAACGCUGUGAAACUAGGAUUUAUAACUACUGCAAAGAAUUUAAAGCAAACAGUUCAGUCGAUGCGCCUGUACUACAUAUAUAUUUGUUUACCAAAAGAGCAUAAAGAGGAAAUAAGUUAUCGCGUAGAAAUACGUGCAAAAACAACAACAACAAAGAGGAAAUAAGUUAUCGCGUAGAAAUACGUGCAAAAACAACAACAACAAAGAGGAAAUAAGUUAUCGCGUAGAAACACGUGCAAAAACAACAACAACAAAGAGUUUUCUAGAUUAAGAUUAAAACAAUGGGUAAAGUGUUCCGGUUCAAGUUUGGGAGUGUGGCCCUGUUUGUCCAGGUAGUUUUCAUCGUCCUGUUCGCCACCCUCCUCGAGUAUGAUGACUCCGCCGACCCGAAACUGCCCAUGGUUGGCGACCACAACUACGUCCCGCCGACUAGCGAAAACGCCACCUCCGAUGGUGAAACGACGUGGGCGCGAGUCUCCAGGAAAUACCCACCGUUCCAGGACGUGCACGUGAUGAUAUUCAUCGGUUUUGGUUUCCUGAUGACAUUUCUGUGUCGCUACGGUUACUCGGCGGUCGGGCUCAACUUCUUCAUGGCCUCGCUCAUCGUGCAGUGGGCCAUGAUCGUCCGGGGUUUCGUCUACCAGGGAACCUUCACCGGCAAGAAGUAUAAGAUCGUCGUGGAUGAGAUGGUGACUGCGGACUUUGCCUCUGCCACCGUACUCAUCUCGUUCGGUGCUGUUCUAGGAAAGACCACGCCCCUUCAGCUCCUUAUAAUGGGACUGAUAGAGGUGAUACUGGCCCAGAUCAACGGCAUGGUCUGCCACGACAAACUACAUGCUGUGGACGUGGGUGAGUCCAUGUACAUCCACGCGUUCGGUGCCUACUUUGGUCUGGCUGUCUCCCGCAUGCUGUACUCGGAGAAGGCACAAAAAAGCCAAAAGUCGGAGUCUGUCUAUCACUCGGACCUCUUCUCCAUGAUCGGAACCGUUUUCCUGUGGAUGUACUGGCCUAGUUUUAACGGGGGUGGAGCGGAGGGGGACGAGCAGCACCGUGCCUACAUUAACACGUACCUGUCCCUCGCCGCCUGUACCGUGGUCACAUUCGCCAUGUCAGCAAUCUAUGACAAAAAGGGCAAAUUCACCAUGGAGUUUGUCCAGAACGCGACGCUGGCCGGUGGUGUGGCGGUGGGGACGACGGCAAAUAUGCCGCUGCAGCCGUACGGUGCUCUCAUCAUGGGAUCCGUGGCCGGCCUCAUUUCGGUCACCGGAUACAAGUACAUCUCCGGUUUUCUAACGGACAAGCUGCGCAUACAGGACACCUGCGGCGUCAAUAACCUGCAUGGGAUGCCGGCCAUCCUCGCGGCCAUUGCCGGGGCAGUCAUGGCCGCCAUGAGUUCUGAAGACAAGUGGGGCCGCAGCAUGUAUGAGAUAUUCCCGUACACAGUGCCCGCUACAGGAGCUGACUUUGACGCCCUGGUACAACGCUACCCGGACCUGGAGCCGGGCAAGGGCUGGUCAUCCGGAAAACAGGGCGGAUAUCAGAUGCUCGCCCUUGUUAUCACGCUCGGCAUUGCGAUAGUCGGAGGUAUUUUAACAGGUCUGUUACUGAAGCUGCCGGUGUUUGACCAGGAUCAGCUAGGUGAGGUGGACGAUCUAUACGAGGACGCUGUGUUGUGGAAUCUGCCGGAGGAGGAGGAGCAUGAACACGCCAAGAAGUACAUCGAGGAUAAAAACGGCAGCCCGAUGAGCGAGAUGCCUAGAGUGACGGAGGAGAAGGGUAGCGUACAUCUAUAACUGUAAUCACUGUAACCCGGGCUCGUAUAUAACUGCAUGUCGUGUAACUGUAAAGAAGUUGGCAAAGGCGAUACCCUACAGUAUACAAAAGUUAAUGUAGCAACAUAGUGACGCGAUCCAAAUGCAUGCAGAUAUACUUUUGUGGACUGCUAGACCAAUAUUCAAAUAAUCGGACAUUUCAUUCUUGACGUGAAUCACAUUUGAAAGAAAAUAUUAUUCAAUCAAUAUGAAUAUUUGUCGCCUUUUGUAUAUAUCGUUUUAUACCUUCAGUUCUUGAUGGCGCAUAAGUUUGCCAUGUUACCCAUUCACAUUGGUAUGGUAACGUGUAAGUUUCAACUGCUAGUUUAGGUUGGGAAAUAUUUGGUCACGCGUUUGCCUGUAUAUAAUUCUGCUAUUGAAAAACUAUAAUCUGGAAAGUUCCAUGUAUGUACACAUAUAUACUUGUGCAUAGGAGUGUAUUUUGAAUUUGUUAUGUAUAAUAUGAUUAUCGUAUUUAGUGUUAGGCACAGGGGAUAAAUGUAGACAUUGGUUGCAUUUCAAAUGGUUAAUACUCAAAUCCAUGUCUUAAAGCUAUAAGAUACAAUAACAUCAGCAAUGAUGUGUUUCAAAUGUUAGAUUGCGUGUUUUAAUGGGCCGAUUGUUUAGAACACUGAUGUUAUCUGUAUAGUCUUUACUGUUCUGGAAAUUUAAUAAAUAACCAGGUGCCCUGUAUUUCUACCAAUAUUUGAGAAAAAAAAACUGUUUCAGCUGUAUUCAGUGUGCGUAUACCACGUGAUAAAUUACGUCAUUAAUGCUACAUCGGAAGGCAACAGUUUGCUUCGAAUGAUGACUUAAAACAAAGAUAACUUUUCUUUUCUUCAUCAUUUUAAAUGAAACAAAGGGCAGUCUAUGCCACCUAAAGAACCCCGCCUUCGUAAUAUUACCGGAGUGUGGUUAGGUGAGUGUUCUCCUAAAAACUUCGACAAAUCUGUUUCCAAACUAAUGUUUUGACAAUGCUUCAUUAGGGCGGCGGUUUCGUGAAAAGGUUUGUCGAAGUGUUUUAAAAAACUAGAAUCUCAAUCAAACUCUAGUUAAAGACCAAAUGCGGGGUUAUGUAAGCGGCAUAGACUACGCCAUGUUUCAUUGAAUGUGGUGAAUUAAUAGUCAAGUUAUCUUUAAUUAAAGUCUUCAUUUGAAGCAAAAUAUUGGCUUCCAAAGGAGCAUUUAUGACGUAAUUUAUCACGUGGUAUACACACACUGGUAUUUGUUUCAUUGAAAGAUAUGGGUGCAACAUAGAAUAGAUCACCUUUUUUAAAUUACCAACGAUACCGUCAACAACCUUGUUUACGCUAACAUCGUUCUGAACCGUUGGCCCAAUGUGUUACAUUUUGUUCGAACGAGUGUUAACGGCGCAUUUGCACAAUUUGUCUAACAUUCUAUAUCAGGGAUCUGCAUAUGUGUGUAACUAUAUUCUUAUAUAAAUACCUCAUGCGUUAUGUGUUAUUAUAAGUGUUUGUUCAAUACUGAAUUCAGUACAUGUAACCACGUACCGUUACUAAAAAAAUAAACCCUCAAGAAAAUAAA